AUGGCGACUCUCGCAGAACAUCCGAUGCAACCUGCCAGCUACGACCAGGAUCUUGAUUCAUUUAUCAACUUCGAACAACUCACCUACACAUCUGAUCCCUCCCGUUCGAAGGUCAUGGUCAGCCAACCGUCGGUCGCAAGCACCGAGUUUAGUGCCAGUGAUGCCCGAAGCGCCAGCUUUGCUUCAAAUGGCCAGUCCCCCCUCGCAUUCCAAGCCCCAAGUCACCAGUACGACGAACACAGACAACAGACUGGUCUCCCACCCGGUGCUUUGGCCAUGUCCUACGGCCAGGUCCCGAUGGGUUUCAGCAAUGGUCAAGGAUUUCCCGUGAACGCCGAGGUGUAUGCUGGUCAUCACAUGAAGCGGGAAGACGCACAAUUCGACUUCAACACUGCACCGGGCCGGAACCCGUCGGAGAUGGAGAUCGAACCUGAAACCAUGAAUCCCUCGCCAUACUUCUUCCCAGCAAACCCUGGGAACAAGAACCAAUAUGUCGAUCCUAACGCUCUCGGAGGCCAUGAGCUGGCUCAGGCAGGUCCGUCCACGCAGGUCGGUCGUAUGUACCCCGGCAUGCAUCAGCAGCAGGCUGCGAUGGCCAAGGCCCAGCAACAAAAGCAAAGUGAGAUGGUCCGCCACCAAAUACAGGAGAGUCCGGAUCAAGUGUCUGCUGCUAUGCCACAGGCCCGCGGUCCUCGCAACCCCGAUCCCGUGGUCGAGGAACGUAUCUCUCGUCUACUCCAACAGAUGCGACAGAAUGCCAUGGCCAAUGGCGAGGGCUCCCCCACUCCCUCCAACGGUAUGCCGCAGAUGGCCAAGGCCCGGAAGGAUGAGGCCGAUAUGGAUGAGGAUGAGCGUCUUCUUGCCAGCGAGGAGGGUAAGAAGCUCAGCAGCAAAGAGCGCCGCCAGUUGCGAAACAAGGUUUCCGCUCGUGCUUUCCGAUCUCGCCGCAAGGAAUACAUUGGCCAGCUCGAAAGCGAGGUGGCCGCUAGAACCAACGAAGCCCAUGAGGUUCGCCUCCAAAACCGCGCUCUCUAUGAAGAAAAUGCCCGCCUAAAUGACUUGGCCCGCAUGCUUCUGGGAUCACCCCACUUUUCCAACUUCCUGAACGAUAUGGGUGACACCCUGCCCGCUCAACCCCAGCAGCAGCCUCAACAGCAACCUCAGCAGCAGCAACAAGCCCAGCAGGCUGCACCCCAGCCUAGUAUGCAGGCUAUGCCCAAAGACACAAACGCCAACCGUGGCCAAGAGUUCCAGAUGCAGCAAAACCCCCAGCCCAACAUGGUCAUGGUUCCUAACCCUGGCCAGGGUAUGGACCCCUCCAGCAUGGGCAUGAACAAUGCCGGCUGGAACUCGGGUAUUGACAUGAACUACGGUAACACUCCCGUGUUCGCUGUCAUGGAGGUUCCCGAGGGUCCGGCCCUCGAUGCCGAAGUCCUGUCCGGAAAAUCCUCUUCUUCCUUCGGCAUUCCCGAGAGCUCCAAGAAUGAGGCACCUGUUGUCGACCGUCCUGCUAGCGACUCAUCCACCCAGUCUGACAUCGGUGUUGCCAACCCCGAUGUUGACAUUGAUGAGUCUGAUCCUGCCUUUGCUCUUUUUGUUGAUUCUCCCCCUGCUGCCGACAUCACCUUCGAAGGUGUUUCGACCGAAAAGGCUGCUCAGUUUACACUCGUCGUUGACAACUUCGAAGUCAGCGACUCAGCCAAGAGAACCUUCAACGCCCUCUGCAACAGCAUUGACGCUGCCUUUGAGCGUGUCUCCGCUGUCACGUCCCACCUUCAGUGA